AAGAAGAAAGACAAAAAAGAAAAAGAGGGAAAGUGAAGCGAAAGGGCAUAGGCGCGCCUUUGACUUGGGGUUUAUCAGGGGUUUAUGCAGAACCCUAGAUUGCCGUUAAUCCGUACACUACGACACUGCUGUUGUUGAACUCCGAAUUGGGGGGCGAAUUUUCUCUCUCCUCAAACAAUGGCGACCUUGCUCACUUCUUCACUGUCACAGAGUUUCCGCACCGUUCCGCCGGCAGCAGUUCCAGCAUUGUUGGACUGCAUUUCAACUUCCACUGGCGUAUCACCGUCAUCCCUCUUCGAUUCACUUCUUCCAGAUUUCUCCAGUCUAACUAAGGUGAUUUUGGAUGAUAAUAAGAAGUUGGGUUCUGAGGAAUGUGCAUUUCUUGUUUCCUACUUGCGGGGGCUCUGUCAUCUUCUGAAGAAAAUGGGAGAGAAUUCUGUUGCUCUGGAAUGUUUUAUGUGGGAUGGUUACAUACCUCUGAUGAAGAUGGUUCUGCUGUAUGAGAAGGAAGUACUGCAUGAGAUCGUAGAAUCUGUACUUGAAGUUGUAAUUGAUACCAAUAGCUGGGAACUAAUGGAGGCCACUCUGGUUCCAAUUCUUCUGGGAUCAGUUGGCUUUUCCAUGGACAUUUAUCAAAACGAAGACAAGUCUGUUAGUAAAUGGAGUAGGUGUUCCUUUCAAAGUUCAAGAGACACGCAGAAACCGAUUAACAUAUGUGAUAAUGCUCCACUUCUUCCACUGACUCUGUCAUGCUACGUUUUGAGCUGCUUACUAGAUGCCGCAGCAGAGAAUUGUCAGGCUGUGAAGCGCUCCUCCAUCUCAGGGGACAUCCAAUCAGAAACGUUUUGUGGUCAUUUAUUGUGGGAUCUAUGCAAUUUAACUAUCCAAAUGCUUUCGCAGAGUCUCGAUCAUAGAUCUUGCACUACUAGUCUUCUUCUCCCAUCCAUUUUUAAAGUAUUUUCUUCGAAGUGCUCAUUUGAAGUUUGUAUUCAAGGAGAAAGCUGCUAUAUUUCCAGGCAACAUUUCUUCGUGAAACUGUGGAAGUGUACCCAAGUUCUUUUUUCUCUGGGACUUGCAGAGAGGAGAGAUGCAUAUGGUAUAAUCUCUCUGUAUCUGUCUUAUUUUUCUUCCGUCGACCAGUCUGAAGUGGAAAUGGAUGAUAGAGCUGAAGAAAUUGACAUAAGAGCCGAAAAAGAAUUUUGGGAUGAAAUAAAAAGAGGCUUGGUUGAGAAGGAAGGCUUGAUAAGGAAGCAAUCAUUAUACAUACUAAAGAGAGUAAUGCUCAAAAAUGAUGAAGGGCAGCUUAACCCUGUCACUACAGAGAAAAAAUCACGCCAGAGAGGUCCAGUUCCACCUGGCAUGACAAAAAGGGAUCGCUGGGCUGAAGAGGAAGCCAUAUCACUUGGUGUUGGGCAAAUAUGCCUCUCAGAUGAUAAAUAUUUGAGUGAAAAGAAAAAGUGGGAGGCAUUCAUACUUCUCUAUGAGAUGCUUGAUGAGUAUGGCACUCACUUGGUUGAAGCUGCAUGGAAUCAUCAGAUUAUGCUGCUACUUCAAUCUUGUGUUUUCCCUGAAAGUUUUAUGGAUCCUGAAACAUCCAAUCAGCAAAUUGAUGUGCUUGGGGGUAACUUUGACUGGCUAGCUAUUUUGUGGGAACGGGGACUUUUUCAUGAUAAUCCACAUGUUAGAUGCAUGAUUAUGAAGUCGUUUUUGGAUAUUGAAUGGAAGAACCAGGACAACUGCAGAGCAUUGUUUCUAGAGAAUUUUGUGUUAGGCGCAUUUAUUCAAGGGCUCAAUGAUCCAGUUCACCACAAAGAUUUUGGUCUGAAAGGUGUCCACUCUUCAAAAACGAUUGAAGGGGCCUCUAAGUUCUUGUACCAAUAUUGUAGUUUCCUAUGUGAAAGGGAACGGAUUAUAUUUUUACGCAAGUUAGCAUCUGUAGCAAGACAUCAGUCUCUUGGCCGAGCUGGUUUAAUGAGCCUCUCAGAAUGCAUCUUUUCUGCAAGCAAAUCUUCAAAAUGUUUCCCAGCUCAGGGGCAUGGUGAAGGUACUGGUGGACAAUGCAUAAAUGCAUUACCUGAUAUGAUUGGCAUGGGGUCUUCAAGAACUCAACAUUUUGCUGAUAAAGCUGAGUUAAUUGACAGUCUGAGGUUUCUUGUUGAAAAUAGCAAACAACACUUUAAUCCUAAUUACCGUCUCAGAGUUUGCGAGAAAGUGCUAGAAGCUGCUGUUUCAGUUGUUUCCCCUGACGAGCUUUCUCUUGAGACAAUUUUGCACUUCAUAGCAGCCUUACCACGUGAAUUUACUGAUAGUGGUGGUUCUUUAAGGAUCAAAUUGCAGAAAUGGUUUACUGGGAAUCACAAGCAGAGUUAUGCUGCAAACUUCUCUAGUAACAAAAUGCAAAUUGUAAGGAGUCUGUUUGAUUUUCCGAGAAGAUUUACCUUUCAUCAGAAAAUUUCUGAUGCCGGGUUUCAUUAUGAUGACGAAGAAUUGGUGGCAUGGUGCACUGAGGCGGAAAGAUGGGCAAGAGUUCUGUUUCUUCAUGUGGAGGAUGAACACCAGCUAGAACCUCUUUUUAGGUUUAUUGAAGAAAAGGGCGUCAGUACUUGCGAACAAAGCAGUUUGGGGGAGAGGAUACCUGUGAAGUAUUUGAUAUUUCUCUUGAGCCUGGUUAACGAGCUUGAAUUUAUGAAGUUAAGCUUUGAUGAGUACACCAAAACAGAAGUUAAAGCUGACUCAAAAAUUGAGUUCAAUGCCACAGUAGAUAAAAAUCGUCUUAUUGCUGAAAAGUUUGCUAAUGUUUUCCUGUGCAUACUGGAGGAAUUGAUCUCAUUGGCUGAAUCAUCUUGUUCAAUAUUCUGGUCUCAUGUUGUGGUGGACUCAAAACUACCUGGUUCCGUGACUGGAAAGCUAGGGGGCCCUAGUCGAAGGCGACUAUCUUCUCCUAUGACAACUUCUGUCUUGCAAGCUAUUGUGUCAGUGAGAACUGUUGCAACUGUUUCAUUAUGGUGUGCACAUUUCAAAGAAGGUGCCGAACUAAGUCCUGCUUUCACUUUCUUGUGGAAAUUCUUGAACGUCGUGGUUUCCUCAGCUAUCGGUGACUGUGAGAGUAGUGCGGAGAUUAAUUUGGCUGCGUAUGAGGCUCUGAGUUAUUCUCUUAAAGCUUCUGCUGCAAUGAUUUCUUCUUCAACUGUCAGUUUUAUUCAAGACCCAGUGUCGAAGAAUAGGCCUCUUCUUGAUUUGCUGGUCUUGACAUUUCUCAAUCACAUAAAUGGUUUACUUGCUGUUAAGCAAUUGGCCCGAACAAGGAGGGCUAUAUUAAUGAACUGGAAGUGGGUAUGCCUGGAAGCUAUAUUAUCUAUUCCAUACCACACUUUUCAAAAUGGGGUCACGCUUGGCCAUGGUAAAACUUUCUUCUCAGAUGACGCUGUCAGAUUUAUCUUUGGUGACCUUGUUGAGAGCUUAGAGACUGCUGGAGAAGAUUCUGUUUUGUCCAUGCUGAGAUCAGUCAGAAUGGUUUUGGAUCUAUUAACUUCAAGUAGUUCAUUUGUCACUGCCUGUAAUGGGGUUGAUGCACAGAUGAUAUGGAAAUUGGUUAGGUCUUCAUGGAUACUUCACACUAGCUGUAAUAAGCGGAGGAUUGCACCAAUUGCAGCGCUUUUUUCUGCUGUCUUGCAUGCAUCUGUUUUCAGAGAAGAGGACAUGCAUGUGGCUGAUAAAGGACCUGGCCCUAUGAAGUGGUUUUGCGAAAAGGUUUUUGAAGAAGGCAUGAAAAGUCCUCGUACCAUUCGCCUUGCAGCUCUUCACUUGACGGGGUUAUGGCUCUUGAAUCCUGGGGUCAUAAAGUAUUACAUGACAGAGCUAAAGAUUCUAACUCUUUAUGGAUCUGUUGCCUUUGAUGAAGAUUUUGAAGGCGAACUAACAGACAAUGGUGAUGCAAGAACUGAAGUAUCAUUGUUGGCGAAAAUUCCAGAUAGUGAGAUUGCAAAAGCUUAUAUUAAUACAGAAUUAUAUGCCCGAGUUUCUGUUGCUGUGCUCUGUUACAAGCUGGCAGAGGUAGCUAAGAUGGCUGCGUCUGGAAGAGAAACUAAUGAGAGCCGUUCUGCUAUUGAAUCUGGAAAGAUGUUUCUGUUGGAGCUUCUUGACUCUGCGGUUAAUGACAAAGAUCUCGCUAAAGAACUGUAUAAGAAGCAUAGUGCGACUCAUCGUCGAAAAGUCCGUGCUUGGCAAAUGUUAUGUUUACUAUCAAAAUUUGUUCAUCAGGAUAUAGUUCAGCAAGUGAUACAGAGCUUGUCGACAUCCUUGUAUAGAAACAACAUGCCUUCAGUUCGGCAAUACAUGGAAACGUUUGCGAUACAUGUUUACCUUAAUUUUCCAUUCUUGGUUGGGGAGCAUUUAGUUCCUAUACUUUGUGAUUACAAUAUGAGGACUCAGGCACUGUCCUCAUAUGUAUAUAUAGCAGCCAAUGUAAUGAUCCAUGCAAAAGCAGAAGUUCAACAUAAGCAUUUGGAUGAUUUGCUUCCACCUCUAAUUCCAUUGUUGACUUCUCACCACCAUACAUUACGUGGUUUCACUCAGUUGCUAGCAUACCAAGUUUUCUGUAAGCUGCUGCCGACAGUGGAUUCUUGUUCUGGGUCAAUCAUUUUGGAGAAAAGGUGUCUCAGCAAUUUGAAGUCAUACUUGGAAUCAAAUCCUGACUGUGCAAGAUUGCGAGUCUCAUUGGAAGGAUACCUUGACGCUUUUAGUCCUAUUGAAUCUAUAACUCCUGUGGGAAUCUUUUCCAGCCGUGUUGAGGAUCUGGAGUUUGAAUGUGUUCCGACGUGCCUAACAGAGCGAGUGAUGAAUUUUUUAAAUGGCGUAAGAGAAGAACUUAGAAGCUCAAUGGCCAAGGAUGACUCUACUCUCAAAAAUGAGAGUUUAAUGAUCGCAGAAGAUCAAGAUUGUAUGCUCCAUUCAGCAAGAAAAGGGCAAGAAAUAUUGCUUGAUGCGCCGUCAAGUAAUAUAUCAUUGGAUUUUCAGAAGAAAUUUACAUUGUCUAAACACGAUUUGCUUAAUGAUGAAAUGGAAAAGGAGGACCAACUUCUUGAGAAAAUAUUGCAGUCAAGAACUAUAUCUAUGGAAAAGGUCAAGGCGAACCGACAGCAACUCAUUCUUGUUGCAUCUCUAGUUGAUCGGAUACCAAACCUCGCUGGGUUGGCAAGAACUUGUGAGGUAUUCAAAGCAAGUAGUUUGGUAAUAGCAGAUGCUAAUGUGCUGCAAGACAAACAGUUCCAGUUGAUAAGUGUCACGGCGGAGAAGUGGAUACCAGUCGUAGAGGUUCCAGUGAAUAGCGUCAAACACUUUUUGGAGAAAAAGAAGCGAGAAGGGUUUGCAAUUUUGGGAUUGGAGCAAACUGCUAAUAGCAUACCCCUGGACAAGUACAGCUUCCCUCAACGAACGGUUCUUGUUCUUGGCCGUGAAAAAGAGGGUAUACCUGCAGAUAUUAUUCACUUAUUGGAUGCUUGCAUUGAGAUCCCACAAUUAGGGGUUGUUCGAUCUCUCAAUGUUCAUGUUAGUGGCGCAAUUGCCAUCUGGGAAUAUACUCGUCAACAGAGAUCAAAAUAAAUCUCUCACUUCGCAUCUAACCAAAAUCAAUUUCAAGAUUGGAUAUUCAUCUCCAUGUUGUUUGUUUUUAUGUCUUGUGUCCUCAUUAAUGCUUCAAAUAUAGAUGAUGUCUUUGUGAGAAUGUCUUAGCAAGGUUAUAUCCCUCCAGGCCACCCCUUGGUUGGUUUUCUUUCUGUUUGUUCUAACUAUAGAGAGGGCAAAAAGUAUUAAAAUCCGCUCUAAUGUCAUGUGACAUUCUUAGUAUUCAGGUCAGAUGAUAUAAGUCAUAUGCCCCUAUUUCUUUUUAUGAAUUCUCAUGUUAUCUUUUCAUUCAUACUGAAUGGUUUUCUUUGA